AUGGCCAGUCCUGGGUCGCGGAUAAUGAUCUCUGGUCUAGAUAUGUCGCUUACGACGUUCAACAGAAAUUUAAAACGAACAAAUCGAUUCGUCAAGGAUAUGCAAAUGUAUUUUCCCGCGUGCGCGAGUGAAUGGCCCCCAGUGACACGCAACUACCUUACUCGUGCUGGUGAUGUCGCUGGCGUAAGGGCUGUCCUUACUUGUAUAUUCAAUGGGGCACGGGACUUGGAUGACCGGACUGGAGACGGCGACUUUCAGAUAAUUGAAUACGUUGCUUCGACUCCUGGUUACCGAUAUAUCUUUAAUCCUGAUUCUUCAGUUUCUGUCAACUUUCCAUGA